AUGGUUGUUAACAUUUAUCUGCUCCUGGGACUGGAACACGCAGAAGCUCUUUCCUGGAAUCCACGUUGCAUGCUGCUGAAGAAUCUGAUUGUGAGUCAUUUGCUGCUAACUCUGACCAUCGGUCCUCCAGCACUUUACUGCUUGCUGUACCGUGUAACUCUGAGCUUCAGCUUCAGAUGCAUAGCUCAGUACUUCACAGUUUCAGUAUCUCUCAUUAAUUCACUUCUGACUGUCACUUCCAUGGCUUUGGAGCGCUUUGUGUACACGUGCCAUGGCAUUCACUACCUGGGCAUCAUGACUAACAUUCGAAUGUACUCUUUUAUGAUUCUCCUCUGGUUGCUGGCUUUAACAGGUGCUGGAAUGUCUACUGUCCUGGUGCUGAUGGGCGGUGCAAACUUUGGUCGCAUCAUUGCAGGGUUUGUGUGUGAGCCAGAAGUUGUGCAAGCCCAGCUCGAGCAGUCAAAAUAUUUUGAGACGUUCAAUAAAAUAUUUGUCGGAGCUGUGCUUUUCCUCUGCCUCCUCGUGUUCUUGUUCUCCCACGGCCGUAUGUAUCAGGAAGCCCGGAAGAUGCAGCAACCAUUCCAGCAGGACAAUGCCCGUGCCAGAUGUACCAUCUUUUUCUACUUUGUCAUCUUUUUGCUUCAGUUGUUUCCAAGCACAAUUAAAUUGAUCACUAUGUGUGGCAGGGAUGUGGACAAUCAGAUCUAUAUGAUAAUACUAGUGUUGGUUCCACCAUGUAUCAACCCACUGGCAUAUGCCAUGAGAAAUAAGGAGGUGAGCCAGGCACUGGGGCGUCUUUGUGGGUGGAGGAAGCUUAAAGAGCUAUUUUGUCAGUAA